UGGAUGACAUGGGGGUGAGUAAAUUAUCAUGAAAAUGUAUUUUGAAAAUGAACUACUCCUUUAAGAUAAACCAUGUGCAAAUUAUCAUUUUAAACUAUUGCAGAGUAUUUUCUCUAUAAAACUGCAGUUUGCCACAAACAGUUUAAAAAUGCAGUUUGAAACGGCCUCUGUUUAUGACAUCAUAACCCUGUAACCAAUCACGUUAACAGAUUUGAGACUCGACACUAAAACGAUCGCUGCUGUUCCAGCUCUGCUUCUGCAACAGUUUUCACAUGUACUAGGAAUUUGUGUCUUCCAUUAAUAAAUUAAUCUUACGGUUUUGUUCAGUCCCUCAAGGUUCAUGUUGACUUGUGUUACAGUCUCUAUCAAUAGUGAAAGCUCCGAGAGCCCUCAGUUUAACACAACACAUUCGGGUUGCUGCCAUUUGCAGAGUAAAGAGUACAGUGCGGCCAAAGAAGUGGAGGCCAGACUAAUGAAUCAGACGGAAUCUUGUAGCUUUAAAACUGAUUCUCCAAAAUUGACUCCAAAGUUGGUCUCUUUUUAACUCAGAUUUUUUUUCUAUUUAAAACUUACAAUAUAUUUUAUACUGUAAUGAAAAGUGAAAUAUAAACUUGGAAAUAUAAAUAAAUGUAAGUAAAAUAUUAACCCUCUAAUUUCUGAAGCAGUGGCCAAUCAAAAUGCAAAAGCUGUCCACAGCGCCCUGACAAUUCCAAUUGUCAGUAUUGUGGAAUGACUGGCAGGUGAUUGCAACAUAAUGCGUAAUGAAAAACGCUGCCCUUGUUGUCUUCGACCAGAACAGGGCUUCAUUUAAUUUCAUUAACAAUUCUGCACAAACAUGAGCAUGAUGACUCAACUGUCGCUGUAUCAGGUGUCGUCCUGGCAAAUACUCUACUGCACUGGCAAACUCCCCAGUCGCACUUGACCGACACUUUGGUGAAGCCUAAACUAGAGAGUAAAAACUUGAGAGUAAAAAGAGUGAGCUUUUAAAUGAGCUCAUUCACUGGUUACUAACAGGGGUCGGGAACCUUUUUUAACCAAAGAGACAUUUUUCUAGUUUUGGUUAAUUCAUUUUUGCAAAAGAGCCAUUGCAGAAACUACUAUUCGGUUGUUAAGUCUGACUGUUUGAAAAGAAGAAUUGUUGCUCUACAUAUAGAUGGCCUAGGCCAGGGGUCGGCAACAGGCAGCAUGUGGGCCAAAACUGGCCCGCCAGCAAUAAUAUCUGGCCCGCGCCAGCAGAGCAUGUGAGCGGAGCGAGAGCGUAACUUAAUAUUUCUCGCGGAGCGGAGAGUGCCUUUCUGAAAAUUCCGCUCCGCUCGCUCAAUCUCAGAGUCGCUCGCUUAGCACUCUUGGUGAUUUACUUUUUUGCUGCUGGAUUAUUGUCCCAUGUACACCGCAUGAUCCUGAAUCCUGAAUAAUAGCACAACGGCAACGAUGGAGGUUUGACGUUUUAAGACCGCAUUUCCCCUUGUUUUGGUCUAUUUUUCUUUAGAGCCUGUUUCUUUUAUUAACCCCAGUAAUAAUAAAGGUGUUCAUAGUGCAUUUCAUCUUUUGUGCUUUUAUUUUGAAUGUUGCACUAUGGCAGCUAUAUGUUCACGGAAAUAAAGUAACGAAAAUCAAAUAUACUUUAUCAGUUAUUAUACAGUUAUUUUAGGCACUCUUUAAAUAAAAAAAUGACUAAAAAUAUUGGCUGUAAUGUCACAGAAUGUCGGACUGAAACAUAACUGCUCUUUUUCAGCCUACUAUUAAUAUUUCGCUCAAUGACUGCGCUUCGCUAAGUCGCUCACGGACCAAGCAAACGCUCUGCUCACAUUACGCUCAUGCUCACCGGUAAACCAUAUCCCGCUCUGACAUAAAAUGUGUCUAGUAAGCUUAAUUGUUUUCAGUUUAUUAUCAACUUCUUGAAUAAAUGUCUCAGUUUAAGUCAGGAUAGUGACAUUUUAUCUCACCAUCUGGCUAGCUUGAAUGUUAACAUCACACGACACGACGUAAUAGUGUAAUACCCCCCAGCGCUAUUAUGUCAAAUACGUUACGUUAAAUAGGCUAUUUCAUAUAUAAUUAUAUAAUAACUAUAUUUUCAAAAGUAAGCUAUUCUAGUUGCAUUUUUCACCAAUGAAUUUCUUAAAUAAUCCUUUGACUAUAUUCUGGCCCGCCAUCUAGCGGCGAAUUAGUUUUUUUGGCCCGAUGCCAAACUUACUUUCCGACCCCUGGCCUAGGCUAUAAGAAGAUUGCCAAGACCCUGAAACUGAGCUGCAGCACAGUGGCCAAAACCAUACAGCGGUUUAACAGGACAGGUUCCACUCAGAACAGGCCUUGCCAUGGUCGACCAAAGAAGUUGAGUGCACGUGCUCAGCGUCAUAUCCAGAGGUUGUCUUUGGGAAAUAGAUGUAUGAGUGCUGCCAGCAUUGCUGCAGAGGUUGAAGGGGUGGGGGGUCAGCCUGUCAGUGCUCAGACCAUACGCCGCACACUGCAUCAAAUUGGUCUGCAUGGCUGUCGUCCUAGAAGGAAGCCUCUUCUAAAGAUGAUGCACUAGAAAGCCCGCAAACAGUUUGCUGAAGACAAGCAGACUAAGGACAUGGAUUACUGGAACCAUGUCCUGUGGUCUGAUGAGACCAAGAUAAAUUUAUUUGGUUCAGAUGGUGUCAAGCGUGUGUGGCGGCAACCACGUGAGGAGUAUAAAGACAAAUGUGUCUUGCCUACAGUCAAGCAUGUGGUGUGAGUGUCAUGGUCUGGGGCUGCAUGAGUGCUGCCAGCACUUGACAUACUGAAGCAGAGCAUGAUCCCCUCCCUUCGGAGACUGGGCAGUAUUCCAACAUGAUAGCAACCCCAAAAGAAGCUGAGGGUAAAGGUGAUGGACUGGCCAAGCAUGUCUCCAGACCUAAACCCUAUUGAGCAUCUGUGGGGCAACCUCAAACGGAAGGUGGAGGAGCGCAAGGUCUCUAACAUCCACCAGCUCCGUGAUGUCAUCAUGGAGGAGUGGAAGAGGACUCCAGUGGCAACCUGUGAAGCUCUGGUAGUUCUCUCUGAAGCAGGGAGUGUCUGCAGUUCUCUGCUUUAUAGAUGCCUCCUCUGCCAUGACCACGGGAAGUCCUCGCAGUCCUUUUCCUACCUCUUCCAGUUCAUCCUCACACUCCACGCCGGCUUCGGAGCGGGCCACGGCGCACGAAAGUGGCACGCCGGGAGAUGCAGGUGGCCGUAGGAAAGCCGAGGAAAGUAAGCUCUCCGGCGGUGCCAGGGUUUGUGGAGAAAAAGGUGCCGGAACCAACCAGCAGCAACACCAGAUGACGCCCUCCAAGCGUCCUGUUCUCAACAUCUCGCCUCCACCUGAGGACCUGUUCGAUGAUAGCCAAAUGUCCUGCCAGGACGAGCUGCAGCAUGACUCGGAGCAGAGCAACAGUAUCUGGAUGGAAAAAUCGGCCUCUAACUUCAGCAUCGUGAGCUCCAGCUCUUACAAUGACAACACCGAAGUGCCCCGCAAGGCCCGCAAGUGCACCCCACGGCAGAAGCCAGGACCAAAGCCAGCCUCUGCUGAAGAGGCCAGCAUGGAUGUCUUUGAUGCAGAUAGUGCCAAAGGCCCACACUUUGUACUCUCGCAGCUUGGCCCAGACAGCAAGGCCUGUUCCAAAGCAAGUUCUGAGGGACCACAAGCAUCCGGUCACAAAGGUGGGAUAUUGUCUUGUCAGUAUCCCCAGAAAAGCGAAGGCAAAGAACUGAAGAUUCUGGUACAGCCUGAGACUCAACACCGAGCGCGCUACCUGACCGAGGGCAGCCGAGGGUCCGUCAAAGACCGAACGCAGCAGGGUUUCCCUACUAUCAAUCUCGAUGGAGUGAAGGAGCCAGUGGUCCUGCUCAUUUUUGUGGGCAACGAUGCUGGACGUGUCAAGCCUCAUGGCUUCUACCAGGCCUGUAGGGUUACGGGCCGCAACACAACCACCUGUAGAGAAGUGGACAUCGAAGGUACCACUGUCAUCGAAGUGCCUCUGAACCCAAGCAGCAAUAUGACUUUAGCCGUGGAUUGUGUGGGGAUCCUGAAGCUCAGGAAUGCUGACGUGGAGGCCCGUAUCGGGGUGGCCGGAUCUAAGAAGAAGAGCACCCGAGCCAGGCUGAUUUUCCGAGUCAACAUCCCACGGCCCGAUGGCUCUGUGCUCACGUUACAGGCCUCCUCUUCUCCCAUACUGUGCACUCAGCCUGCAGGAGUACCUGAGAUUCUCAAGAAGAGUUUGCACAGCUGUUCGGUCAAAGGCGAGAGUGAAGUCUUCAUUAUUGGAAAAAACUUCCUCAAAGGAACCAAAGUUAUAUUUCAGGAAAACGCUUCAGAUGAUAAGUCAUGGAAGGCAGAGGCAGACAUCGACAUGGAUUUUUUCCAUCAGAAUCAUUUAAUUGUCAAAGUCCCUCCAUAUCAAAACCAGGCUAUCACAUCUCCUGUGUCUGUUUGUAUCUAUGUUGUGACAAAUGCUGGACGUUCCCAUGAUUUGCAACCAUUUACAUACACUCCAGAACCAGUUGUUGAUUCCUCAGUGAAGAAGGAAGUCUUGCCUCCAGUGACUCCCUGUUGUUUUGAACAAAUAAAAGUAAUAGAUAGUGCCUUGAUGACCCCGGUUUUGUCUCUUGUUAAACAAGAAGAGGCGACUCCGAUGGAGGUCUCCAGUAACCCCUCUGCCUUUAAGCAGACCUCCAAUGUCAUCAAUUCAGCCCAGCAAGCCUUAGAUAUGAGUACCGAGAUCUCCGCCAACAGCUGCACGUUUUCCAGUCCUCUGACCCACCAAACCCGAGAACAGGAACAGUCACAGAACUCCGGCUUUUCCAACAAAGAAGCCUUCAGCACCAUCCAGGAACAGGACCUUGCCCCCAGCGGCUCUUUCCACAUGCCCAGUAAAUCUCUUCUCCAGCAAGGAGUUCAGCCAUUCCUCCUGGAACACAGAGACGGCCUCGGACAGGAGAGAUCCAGCAACACCGGCGGUUCGAUGGUGGGACUUUCGCCAAUAGACGAAAACCCGCAGCAACAGCUUUCGCUACUGCCCCCAGAUGAGGUGGCACAGCUAGAGCAAGCUGUGCGGCAACUCCAAGCGAAGGGAUUCUGCAACAUUCAACUUCAGACUGAGAAUUCGCUGUCGAAGCAGCGACAGCAUCAUCUUCAACAACAGCAGCAGCAGCAAAUUCAGCUUCAGCAGCAAAUUCAUCAACAAGAGCAGCAAAUUCAACUUCAGCAACAAAUUCAGCAACAAGAGCAGCAAAUUCAACUGCAGCAGCAGAUCCAACAACAAGAGCAGCAAAUUCAACUGCAGCAGCAGAUCCAACAACAAGAGCAGCAAAUUCAACUGCAGCAACAGAUCCAACAACAAGAGCAGCAAAUUCAUCUGCAGCAGCAAAUUCAGCAACAACAGCAGCAGAUCCAACAACAAGAGCAGCAAAUUAAACUGCAGCAGCAGCAAGUUCUGGAGAACCUUCAACAUCACCUCUUUCAGCCUCCAGUUCAACUCCAUUGUAGUUCGGAGCAGCAAGGCUCUUCGCAGGUUAUGGUGCAGAACGGAUCUCCUCUUUUCCAGCAGACACCACCACCCCAACAACAGCAGCAGCAGGCAGCCUUGUUCCAGCAAGCCAAGGAGCUCAUAUCCAUCCAAACUGGCUUUCUUCAACAGCAACCCAAUCAUUCCUCACAGUCCCUCUUUCACACCUCCACAGCCAUGACUGAAGCGCAAAGCCCACAGGAAGCUCUUUUUCACACUCAGAAGACCUCGCCCAACCAGGAUCAAGUCCAAGCUUCUCUUUUCCAAAGCAAUGUCACGGUUCUCAGCGGGUCCAACAUGGCGACAGACGCUCAGCCCUCUGCGACCAGCAUGUUUCUUUCCCAGAAUGCCGUACCUGGUCAACUCGCAGUCAACACCAGUCAGCCACAGCAACUGGCUUUCCUCACGUCUUCUCUAGAGGCCCCAUCCGUGUUUCAGACUCCAACCCAGCUGUCCCCCAUUCAGCAAAGCACUCCAAUGGAGCAGCAGCAGUCACCACAGCAGGCCCAACCUGGAUCCAUCUUUCAAAGCAUCUCCCAGUCACCAAGCAAACUUUCCUCUGGCCAGCAGCAGCCGCCCGGUUUACUCCUCAGUUCCCUAACUUCUACAGUAACACAAGAGCAAACCUCCGGUCUGUUAUUUGGUGGCCAGAACAACAGCAGCCUAAGUUCUCCAGAACAACAGAACUCUUCUCUACCUUUUAGCAUCAGGCAACAGGAGCCAUCUGAGCCCAUGACGUAUCGUGAUCAGAGUGCUAUGGUGGUCAACCCGUCCUCAAACAAGCCCAUGUUCCAGGACCAGCAACCCAUGCAGCUUGCGUCGAGUUCUGGGAGUGACCCUUCGCAGUCUCUAAACCUCUACAUGGCUCAACCUAACAUGCCAGCGGGAGUGGCUCCUCAAGAAACCCUUUUUGCGCCGCAGAGUGACAUAACUUGUAUUCAGACCAGCACUUCAUCACCUGUACAACAGCCUGGUCCCAUUUUUCAGACCACAAUGAGUGGAGGUCUCAACCAGCCCAACCAAAAUCAGCAGCCCAAUCUGUUCCUCUUUGAGAUCCAGAAUGAGUGCCAUCAACUGAUGAACUCUCAAGGAACUACACUCUCUGAUCAGAUUAUCGGCAUCAAUCAGUCUGGUCCAACUCAACAAGGCAGAGAGGUCCAGUCUUUACUUGGGCAGUCCAUGUCAGACACUGGAUCUGUGCAUACCCCCAUGACAACGUCUCAGAACAUGGAGAAGAUUGAUGACCUUCUGGUUAGCCUUCAGGAGCAAGGCAAUAACAUCUCUCACUCCUAUUAGGGCCUUUUGGGUUUAGCUGCCCAGUAUCUCCAUUCCACAUAUGAUUGUAGAUAUUUCCUGCACACAUAUUGGAUAUUUGGAUGACCUCUAAAUUGGAUAUUAAAAUAUUUUCAAUGCCGGACUCGGAGACAUGUUGCUGAUGCCCCAAAUAGUGAUUCUUAGAAUUAACUGUCAGAGAGCACUUUUGGACUGGAUUGAAAAAAACAGACCACACUGUAUGAGGGACAACAAUUAUGUCUCAGUGGCAUCACUACAAACAAGAACUUUAUUUGUAGACACCAUGGUUUUCUUAGUGAGCCUUUGUGAUGUUUAUUUUGUUACUGUGAAGUAAACUUAUCAUAAAAUAUUAAAAGCCGACUUCACAUAUUUUGAUUCAAACAGUCUGAAAUAAGACUUCUAUUUUUAACAAAUUUGUAAACACUCAAUUAAUACCUUUUAACUUUCAGUACACUUGAGUAUCUAUUUAUAAGCAAUUUUUUAAUUCGUAAGUGAACCCGCAAAAGAAAAUAUCUAAUUUAAUAAUAUAAAAUUUGCUUUAGCAUUUACCUACUAGCACUUUAAAUACAUUUUCAGUGUGGUUAGUUACUUUUGACUUUCAUUAGACUUUCUAUCUCAAAUCAUGUUUACUGUAUGUUUAACCUUGUCUUUAAUCUGUGUAGACUGUAGAUUGGUCCUGUUAAUUCCCAUCAAUUAGAAAUGCACAUUCCUGGUAAGAAAUCUGAUCCAAUAUUAUCAGAAUCGUAAAAAAAAUUCAGCCUUCAUUUAUCUUUUAAUUUUGGUUUACACAAGUCAUUUCUUGCCAUCUCAUUUAGAUGAUGUCUGCGUUUUGCAUGUCUGAAUAUUGUAUACGUUUGUGUCUUUAUUUUAUGAUAAGAUCUCUAAAAGUAAAUCUUUAUUAAAAAGUAUGUUUAUUCUUAUACUGAAUCUGAAAUAUUGACAUAUGAUGUUAUUUUGUGUCUUUGUGUGUGAUUCUCUUAUUUUAUGAGCCAGCGUCUGGUACGCUGAAAUAGGACAUGUUGCUUUCUUUGCAAAGAAUUGUCUGACCAGUAUUACCAACAAGUUAUCUGACUAUACUGACAAACAGUAUAGGAAGCAACUCUUUUUAGGACCGAUCGCUCUAUAGAGAUAUUUUUUUAUCAAGUCUUGUAAUAGCAUCUUACUGUUAAGUUCUAACCAUGUCAAGACCUCAGACCAUGUCGAGUUUGCUCUGUCAUUUAUCUACAUAAUUAAUAAUUCGAUUUUGUUGUUCAAUUGGUUCAAUUUUUCUAUAUUUGGUUGUGAAGUGAAUUUGUUUUGAAUGUAAAAGAACACUGUGCGAGUUCUGUUGUUCUGGUUAUUUCACGCUCACAUAUGCGGUCUAGGGUCAGGCAUGAUAAAGCUGCCCAGCUGGCAUUUAUUUAGUUGAAUAUAUACAUUAUGAUAAAGCUGUAAUGUUUUAGAAAUGGCUCAUUUGAGCUUACACUGUUUGGGUUAAAGGUCAAAUUGCUGACCACGUUCUUUGCUCAGAACCAACUUUUGUAGUCGAGACUAUUUUAACCUCGUUUUGGAGACGUUUUGAUUGAAGGGUGCUCUCAUACGUCUCUGCAUGGGGAAGAACUGUGAACUUUAACUGGAUAAAGAGCUUUCCGUAACUCAUAUUCAUCUCUGUAAAAAUAUGAUUUUUGUCCUUUUUUGCUUUCCAUAGAACUCAUUAUUUAUAUGAAUAUUUACAUUGUUCACCAUACCUCUUGUAGGAAAGUAUUAAUUUAUUUUUGUUAAUGUUGUGUUUAGAGUGUUCACAAUUAGAAUCAAUGGCUAUAUUACAUUUUAACCCAUCUGGAGAAUUGUUACAGGACUUUUUAUUUACAUUGUUGUUUUAUUUUGUAUUGUUUGAAGGAGAAAGCAUCUGUGUGCAGCCCAUAUACUGUUGCAACAUGAUAGUACAGAGAAAUUUGGAGUCUGUAUCAUAGUGCACAGUAAUACAGUUGUACAUUCCUGUUUAAACUCUCAUUAUUAAAAUGGGUCAAAAUAUAUAAUCAUGCAUGGUUGCUAUCACAGCUAUUUAUUUACAUAAAAAAUAACUUGAGUUCCUAGUGUGAUUUCAUUAAGCUUUUGGGAAAUAAAAGCCAUAUAAACAAACACUACCCCUUAAAAUUAGAUUUUGUAUGAUUCAAAUAUUCACAUUGGGGUGUUUUAUUUUUAUAUGGGUGAAAUAAUGUUGGAAAAACUAAAAGAAUUUCAAAGUGUAAGUACAGUUCAUGUCCUUUAAUAUAAUUUUCAAACAAAAUUUGAUAUACCAAUUCAACAUAAUGUUAUUGACACUUGGCAUAAUAUAACUACAUUUCAGACACAAACAAUAUACCUCUAAAAGCACAAUUUUAUAUUGGUCGCAUGAACUGGAGUUUAAUCAUAGCUGUGCCUUUGAAAAGCAGAUUAUUUAGUUACCAUUGCCUAUUUUGACAAGGUUAUUAACCUUCAGUAGUUUCAAAAAAGACACACUUUACAGUUAACUAAAAAGGAUGCUAUUUUAUAUAUAUUUUUAAUAUUAUACAUUCUUGGUUUUUAAUGUUGUACAGUCAAUAUAUUGCAAACUGCUAUGCAGUUAGACUGAGAGCAAGAAUUUUUUUUUCCAUAUUCAGUUUACUUAUUUAAUCUUUUAACUAAGAUAAACUUUUAAUGUAAUAGCUCUGUUGCUUAUUCCUAAUGUGUCAUAUUAAAUGUCACAAUAGUAAUGUCAUUCUUAUCACAAGCUGUUUGUGUGAGUUUAUUAGCAACGUCAAACAGAUGUUUGAUGUCUCUGAUUUGUUAAAUGUUGUCAUGACUGACAAAUAGUCGACGCUGGAUGUUAAGCUUCUAAAAUAUACAUUAAUUGUGAAACAAUUUAUAAAAAUGCAUAUGUGAAAGUUUGUGCUUUUGUUGCUAUUUUACUUCUGUAAAUGUGCUACAAUAUAUCAAUAAAAUAGAUUAAAAUGGUA